GUCGUCUGCAUGUGGUUGAGUGUCAUACUACCGCUAAACUGUCGGAUUAAAAUCGAAAUGGAAAAGUUAACCAGAUGAUGUGAAAUAGUAACUUAAUCAUAAAUAUUUUAAAGAAACAGGAAUGACGACAUUCGACCCCUUUACGUUCUGUCGUCAAGUGAUCAGCACGUGUCUGUUGCUGCACGCGCUCUUGGUGGCGCAUGCGAACGGACACGGACGUCUGCUGGACCCGCCCUCCCGCUCGAGUAUGUGGCGCUACGGGUUCAACAACCCACCCAACUACGACGACAAUCAAAUGUACUGCGGCGGAGUGCAGGUCCAGUACGAACAGAAUGGCGGCAGGUGCGGUAUAUGCGGUGACCCCUGGAACGGUCAACGCCCGCACGAGGCUCCAAAAGGGACGUACGCGAACGGGAUUGUGGUCCGGAAGUACAAACCGGGCGACACAAUCACUGUGGUAAUCGAACUCACGGCUAAUCAUAAAGGCUGGAUGGAGUUCAGGGUAUGUCCAAAUGACUAUACCAAAGAGCCUGUGACACAGGAGUGCUUGGAUCGCUUUGUUUUAACGUUGGCUAAAUCGGGACAAAAACGUUAUAUAGUGCCGGAUAAGAACGGAUAUCAGAAAAUAAGGCUAAAACUAGUCUUGCCGUCCGAUAUUCGAUGCAAAGCGUGUGUUUUCCAAUGGAAAUAUAACGCUGGAAACAGUUGGGGUACGGAUCCAAUAACCGGAAGAGGAUGUGUGGGAUGUGGCAACCAGGAACAGUUCUAUGGCUGCGCAGACAUCGCAAUCGGAUAUGACGUAGACAUUCCACCCCACAAACCACUUCCGGCGGAUGAACCAGAGGAAGAUUCAGACGGCGACAAAGCACCUGAACAUCCGGAAUGGCAUUUGACCGCAAAACCGGAUAUGAAACCAGAUCUGAAACCUGAAUGGCCAGGUGAUAAUGACAAACAAAUACAGACGGUACACAGAGGUACGGGCUCGUUUAGUUUUAUGCCAGUUAUGAAUGGCAAUGGCAUGAAUCCGUGCAUGUGUGUUUGUAAACGGGGCCCAUUGACCAUGAGAGGGGCAGGCAAUGACCUUGAAGCCAAGUUCUUCGAUGGCAUGGACGGUAUAGACAACCAAGUGUGUAUGUGCAUGUGCCAAAAUAACGGUGUGCCGCAUCUCGAAAAAUCCAUCAACUUGCUACUAUGUGCUUUCAUGUGUGUUAUUUUUGUACUGAAAUGUGUUGCAAACUUCUAGACGCAUUGCUCAUUGUUACGAGCAUGUGAAUUGUAUAAUAAAGUUAAUUUUACGAUCGUUUAUAAUAUAUUGUGUAUUUCAUUAUGUGUAUG